UGCAAAGGGACGCUCCACCCCUGCAAAGCACCAUUUCCGUGUUUGAGAGCUCCAUGGCGGUUACCAUCCAAUCCCUAAUUUUGACGCCUCCGCGCACCGCGACCACACCAUUUCCUUGCCUGAAAACUUCCCAUCUCUUAAGCCGCUCACUCAGAAUCAAUCCUAGCCGUUCCUUUGCAACACCUAUCAGAUCAUGUAAACCGUCCGAUGAGACACAUGGUUCGGGUUUGGCAAAUGGAUUAAAUUGGACAAAACCUUUGCUGAAUUUUGCUGCCGAUAAUUUUCUUCCAUUAGCACUUAUUGGUGGAGUAGCAUUUGGACUUGCUAAUCCUACCCUUGGCUGUCUUGCUGAUAAAUAUUAUCUAUCAAAAUUUAGCACAUUUGGGAUAUUUAUUGUAUCAGGUUUGACUCUGCGUAGUGAUGCAAUUGGUGCUGCUGCCAAAGCAUGGCCUGUAGGAGUUUUUGGGCUAUGCUCCAUCCUAUUGUUUACUCCAUACUUCUCAAGGCUAAUACUGCAAAUUCACCUUCAACCUCAAGAGUUUGUAACAGGACUGGCCAUAUUUAACUGUAUGCCAACUACAUUAUCAAGUGGAGUGGCACUUACUCAGCUUGCUGGGGGGAACUCUGCACUUGCUCUUGCAAUGACAGUGAUGUCUAAUAUGAUAGGAAUUUUGAUUAUUCCAUUUUCAAUCUCAAAAUUCAUAGCUGAUGGAGUUGGCGUAUCUGUUCCAACUGCACAACUGCUUAGAAGUCUUGUUCUCACACUUUUGAUUCCUCUGAUCUUGGGGAAGGUGUUACGAGAAUCCUUCAGAGGCUUGGCAGACUAUGUUGACCAUAAUCGUAAGCUAUAUUCAAGGAUCAGUGCAGUCUUCCUCAGCUUAGUGCCAUGGAUACAAGUGAGCAGGUCAAGGUCGCUGCUUCUGAUGGUUAAGCCCACUGUUUUUAUUGUAGCUAUUGGAAUAGGAGCGCUUUUACACCUCAUAUUGUUAGCUUUUAAUACUCUCGCUAUAAGGAGCCUCUCAGCUGUCACUGGUGGUAGUGAAUCAAUUUUUGCCAAGAAAGAAAAUGCCCAAGCAGCUUUGCUUGUUGCAAGCCAGAAAACUCUGCCUGUAAUGGUGGCAGUUGUGGAGCAACUUGGUGGUGCAUUUGGUGAAUCUGGUUUACUGGUUUUACCCUGUGUUGCUGCACAUAUAAUUCAGAUUAUCUUGGAUUCCUUCCUUGUUAACUUCUGGCUUCGAAUGGAUCUCCCAUCGAACACUGCCAAGGUAGCCUGAGAUGUACACCCUUCAUGAUCUUUGAAACAGCAUUUAUUCUUUGUACACACAAUUCUUUUCUGCUUAACAUUGAUUCAAAUUAAACUUUGAGAAAUUAUUGAAUCAUCUCAAAAUGGUUUAGAUAUUGUUGUCCCUCCACUUUUCAUUUGCCGAUACCAGUUGUUUCUGUUCUCCAAAUGAACUAAUGCCUGUAUCUGCAGAGUUACUGUAAACGUUUUGCUCAUCCCUUAAUGUAUAGUAGAACCUCUCUCUCU